GUCCAACUACACUGCUGUUUCAAGCCCCAGAAGAAGCACCACCAUUUGACAGAAGGUUAUACCUUCCAAUGACAACAAAUUCAACAUGACUCUUCCUGGACGGAUGACAAGUGAAGCAAAAGACAUAUUGCAAAACAACAUUUUUCAAUCUGAGGAUGACUCAGACGAAGAUGAGGCUACCCAAAAUAUCAUAGAGCUAAGUCUAAUUGAAUACAGAAAGCUCAAGGGACUGCAUCCAAGUUAUGUGAAAGUCACUGACGACACUGAUGAUAUAUUCAAAGCCAUUGCAGAAGGUGAUGAGGGUGCACUUGAGCGACUGACUGCUCAACCAGAGACCCUGUCUAGAAUUAACGAGCAUGGAUGGAUUCCAUUGCAUGCAGCUGCAGUGCAAGAGAGCAAACAGAUACUUGAAAUAAUUUUUUCAGCAUCACCUUUUGGGGCUGCCCAGUGUCGUACAUUCAAAGGGGAGACACCAUUGUUUUUAGCUGUAGUUUAUGGCCGCCGACAAAACUCCAUAUUUCUUUUACAGAAUGGCUGCAACCCUAAUAUCCAGGAUGAUGAGCAAGAUUCCCCAUUAAUGGCUGCUAUUCUUAAUGACCAGUAUGACAUGGCAACAUUAUUGAUUCGCCAUGGCGCUCAAGUAGAUCAGCUUGGCCCACUAAGUAGGACCGCACUCCAUGAGGCUGCCUUCCUUGGACUGGAGAACUUUGUCUAUCUGCUUCUUGAGUCUGGUGCCAACCCAAAUGCAUGUGACAUAAGAAAGAAAACACCACUUGCUCUGGCUGCAGAAAAUGGACAUCUAAAUGUGGUGGAGCAUUUGAUACAGAAAGGAGCAAAUGUUGAAUGUGAAUCAGAGUCUGGCAGUAUCUUGUUUGAUGCAGCAAAAUCAGGAAACCCUGAUGUCAUAUCCCUAUUGUUGGAACACGGAGCAGAUGCCAACUUGCCCUUUCACAGUGGUCAUCUGCCAAUUCAUCGUGCGGCAUAUCAUGGCCACAUACUAUCCUUGCAGCACCUAAUACCUGUGACUAAAUUGUGUACAAUAAAGGAAAGUGGGAUGAGUCCUCUUCACUCUGCAGCUGCCGGGGGACAUGCACAUUGCUUGGAGUUGCUGCUCAAAGCAGACUUUGACCCGAACCAAAUGCUACACCCAAGGGUGCGCCGCAACUAUGAUGAUGAACGCAAGUCUGCCCUUUUUUUUGCCGUGUCCAACAAUGAUAUUCAGUGUACUCGCCUGCUGCUUGAGGCUGGGGCAAUGGUGAACCAGGACCCUAUCAGUUGUUUACAAGUAGCAAUGAGACAGGGCAACUAUGAGCUUAUCAAUAUUUUACUGAGGUUUGGGGCGAACGUCAACUACUACUCUCGAGUCAACACCACACACUUUCCCUCAGCCCUGCAGUAUGCAUUAAAAGAUGAAGUCAUGCUGAGAAUGAUUCUGAACCAUGGCUAUGAUGUCAAACGUUGCUUCGACUGUCCAUACGGUGACAGUUGCCAUGACGUGGCUCCCUGGACAACGUCAGUCAUCAAAGAUAUGGUGUUCUGUGAUGUGAUAACUGUAUCCUGGCUCAAGCACUUAUCUGCUCAGGUGGUGCGAAUCAUGCUUGACUACACCAACAAUGUCUCCCUCUGCGCCAAACUGAGGGAUGCCUUACAGGAUCAAAAGCAAUGGCUGGAGAUCUGCCACAUCCAAAGAAAUGUUCGGAGCUUAAAGCACCUGUGCCGGCUUCAGAUUCGAGAGCACCUUAAUGGACUACGUUUGAGAGCGCCUGUUUUCAUCAGCUAUCUCCCUCUUCCACCCAGACUGAAAGAGUACCUGCGUUACAAAGAGUUUGAUGUGUACAACAGGGGCAGCAUAGAGACUGUUUAUUCUGUAAUAUCAUAAGUGUUUCGGAACAUGUUUUUAUUGUAAUUUGCGUGACAUUAUCAUUCCCAGUGCGGUUCAAUGUGUCUUAGAAAAUGUUCCCUCUAUACCAAUGGUUCUUAAAAUUUACCACAUUGAAACACACUCACAGAACUGGCUAUUCAAAUACUGCUAAUGUCCGGGGUUUUAAAAGUACAAACCACUAACAUUAUGCAUAAUUUCUAGUAUUUUUUUGCCUACAUAUCGCGAAAUCGAGCCUCCGUGCCGCCACUUUUUCAUCAUUUACACUUUUAACAAAGAACACAUCAUUUAUCCCUUUUAAUUAGAACUCUUGACCGAGUAAUACCGUAAUUUCCCGAAUAUAAGGCGCACCCGUGUAUAAUGCGCACCCCAAACUUACUUGUAAAAUCUAGGGAAUAUUAUUGUAGCCUACCUGUUUAUAACGCGCACCCUAAUUUUAGCACCAAUAAAUAGAAGAGCACAAGAAAACAGAGCUCGUGUACAGAUACAGAAAUGUCAUUUUACUGAAUGGUGAAACACAGCACAAGCAUAGCAUAUUGGUAGUUCAAAACAUUACCAUAAACUGACAAUAUUUACGGUAAUAAUAUGAUUUGACAACUUCUCCAACUCACCAGAAUCUAGGAGAAAACAAAACAGAUGUGACUUUUCUUUUAAAGGCUGCUGUAUAACUUGCUCGUUUCAUCAUGAUGAAUAAAUGUUUCUUCCAUGGAUUGAUACGGUAAAAUGAAAGUGAGAACGUAAGUCGGAAAUCUGAGAGCGCUCAUCGAUGUCGACACGACAGUAACAAUAGGAACAAUUGUUAUUUGGGUUUGAGUUUCCCGAGGGACAGAUAUAGUUGACGGACACACACAGGAAGUCUGUUGUUACGUUUGUUAUGGUCCGAGUUGCGGAGCUGCAAUAAACAUUGCCUCAAAUGAGUUCAAGAAACUAAAUUCUACGCUUUAUGAAGAGUGAAAAAAGCAGAAUUUAACACAGACGAAAUCAUUCGGCCGAUCAGAGUGAAGUAUUACCAAAACAAAAUGGUGACAUCACGUACCGUAAUGGUCGGCAAAGGAUCGCCGCAUACGUUUCUUCAACACAACCUGGCUAUGUCAAUAAAAAAAAAAAAUCGGUUUAUAUACUAUAUAUAUGUAUAUUUCUGUCUCCAUCCAUGUACCCAUUUAUAAUGUGCACCAUGAUUU